AUGUACACGAUACGAGCCUUGGAAGUGCUCACUGAUUUUGGAUUAGGCACUGCAAAACUGUCUGAGGCAGUGCAGGGCCAGUCUGAGCUGUACGCCAUCCGACAUUAUUAUACCUGUGUAUGGAGUCGAGUGAUGUGUGGGUCAGGGUCAUCAAACGCUCUUUGGGGUUCCCAUGAAAUACCCUUCUCACUUGAAAUGGAGGCUUCUCCAGUGUCUGAGGAGUGUGGCAGUGCGUCAUUCAGAACCAGCCUCUGCUCUGCGGAUUUCGUGAAACAUGGACUUCUCAGUUCUACAGUCAAAAUGAAUGCGAGUAUAGCUUCACAGUCGAAAAGCGCAUGUCACGUAGGCUGCAGAAAUACUGAGAAGAGCAUUUUACGAUCUUCCCGCGAAGUAUUAACUACUGACCAGUACAGUGCUCGACGUUCAGACAUGAGUUUGGACCCUUGUACUUGCUAUGAGGCUGACGGCUGUAUUUUAGCUGAAAGGAUUGCCUCUGAGUCCCAGGAGUAG